UCUGCCUCCUGAGUGCUGGCAUUAAAGGUGUGUGCCACCACUACCCAGAGACAAACUCUAUUUUUAACCAUUAUUCCUGGGAUCCGUGAACUUGCCAGAGAUAGUACCACCCUUGUCUUGGUCUGCGUCAGUUUUCACAGUAAUGCUUCCACAGCUGAGGCCUGCAGACAGACACAGACCACUAAGAAGGACUAAAGCAGCCAUUGCGGGUCAGCCUUGCACUGAGCAUGGUGCACAGCAAUGUUGCUAACACCGCUUCCUUCACACGUCCGGCCUGCGAGCUCACUGCAGUUCCUCUGGGCUCCUCCAGUGAGGGCCUGCACACUGGCUGUGGCACAGAGCCCUACCUGGCCUGCCCGACUGGGGUUAUUUGUUUCUGGUCACGGUGCUUAAGAGGAUUUGUUCCAUAUCCUUUGACUUGGCUCCCACUCCAGUAAACCAUUGUCAUUUGCUGUUUCCCCGUUCAGUAUCAGUGACAAGAGUAAUUUGAAAAGAGAAUAUUGUAAAUUAAGAGAUGACCUUAAAGAAAGCUCACCUGAUCUGAGAAAGUAGCCAGCUUUCCUCAUAGCUACUGGCUGUCAACACAUACUUCCUUGUUGAUAGGACUGAAAAUUCCAGAAGCACCGAGCUGCUUCUGCCUGCCACGGUACAUCUCCAAAGUGGGUUCUGGCAUGUCUUCCUGCUGAUGUGGGCAUGGCAGAGACAGAUACAGGUGAGAGAGCACCACACACCCUGUUUAUCUGGUGGACUUCCCUCCUUUUUGUCCUUCUAGUCCCAGGGACAAAGAUAUCCCACCUGGCCCACAGACCAGAAAACAACUAUUAUUGUGUAUGCUGGGUCUUGAGGCCACUUAAGAUUCACUACACAGUUGUGGCUGACACAGAAAACAGGAAAGGCAAGUGAGACUGUGUAACAUCCCAGAGGCUUCUUUCCUUCUAAGAGGGGCAAAUUCAUUUGAUUAGUGUUGUGCCCACUGACCCUCAAACCAUAGAGCAGGCAGAAGACGCCCUUAUCCCAAGUGAAUGGCCCUGACUGAAGCUCAGGUGGUCCCAAGCUGAGCUGCUUAGGGAGCCGUACUGUGUGGGCCAUGACAUUUAAUUGGUGCCCAGGACCCAGCUGCUGCCUAAGGCCUAUGCUAACUUUUUUUUGUUGGCUGGAAGGACGGUAGGGUACCCGGGAGCUCCCAGGAGCAGGGAGUGGGUGACAGGCUAGCCACUACCUUCAGACACCUACCACCUGCUGAGAACCAGUGGGAUGGGGCCCUAUACUGAAAGCCACGUGUGCCAGAUCUUACUGGUCCAGGCCACCUUUCUCUGCACAUUGGCUGCCCCUAGGUGUGCACCCAUUCCCGCCAUUAGUCUCUCUGAUGUGUGAACGAGAUAGAAACAUGAAUUGUGUUGCCUUGCUGGGUGUGUGGGAACGGGGUGUUGGUCCACUUGAGUCUGUUCCAGCUUCAGGUCGAGAAAUGAAGCUCGGCCAGGCACACUUUUGAAAACGUGAGUGGGGCUGGAUCAGUUUGCUCCUCGGCACUUCAUAACCAGCACACGCAUGCCUGCAGCCUCAGUACAGAGCCCAGAAAGUGCAAGCUGGAGGCAGGAGGAUCAGAAGAUGAAGACCGUCCUGGGCUACAAACACAUCCUGAGGUAUAUGAGGAUGGUAGUGGGGUUUCUGGCAGCGGAAGAGGCAGGUGGGAGACCCUACCUUUGAGACCGUCCACGUGAGACACAGAGAUGUGCACCAGUGCCACGCCGGCUUCCUGGAGGUGUCUUGUCUUUUGUACUCUUAUUAAUUCCUUCUAGUCCUGCACGCCAGGUGCCUGGCCAGCUGGCAGAUCCGCUGUACGUUGCUGACCUUAGCCUUUCUGGCUCCUGCCCUCUAGGCCGACCUGCUCUGGAAUUCACCCAACCUCCUGUAGCUGCCCACUCCUGUAUCUUAUUUCCAUGUCUCCCCGAGUAUGCAAGGUCUUCCUUCCUAAGGAGGGUUCUGUCCCUUUAACAUGGCAGUGUUGUCCUUGGAGACCCAAUCCCUCCUGCACAGAGCUUCUGAUGGAGGGGUAAAUGAUGGCACCCAGAAAAAGGUUCACAUUCUAACACUUGGCAAAAGAGAACUUUGGGAGCCGGAAAGAUGGCUCACUUGGCAAAGUGUGUACCCACCCAGAAGCGUAAGGAUCCAAGUCAGAUCCACAGCGUUCACAUAACAUCAGUAUGGCAUGGGUUUGCUGGCCAGCCGCUCUAGCCAACGUGGUGUUCUUUAGAUUCAGUGAGACACCCUGUCUCAUAAAAUAGGAUGGGGAGCAACAGAGGAUGUCCUCUAUCAGCCUCUGGCCUCCGUAUGUGCACGUAGACUCACAGUUGGGGGGAGGGCAGAGAUGUGAUCAGGGCAGUGAGAUGGGACAGUAUCCUGACUUAUCUGAAGGUGAGGGGCUGGAGUGACAGCAACCUUCCCCUAGAGUGGGGCGCACAUGAUGGGUAAUGGACUUCUGGCUAGUUUUCAUGGAUCGGGGUAUUUUGUUCCAGAAGCCCCAGAAUAGGAACACAAAGACACAAGACCCAGCCCUGAGUUAUGUUGUCUUGUGAUGUAGGCACUUGGGGUUCUUCAGAGCUUGUUCCCCAAGGAAGAAUUCCCACCCAGAGCCUGUAGCAGCUUACCAGCUUGGGAGGUAAGGGGUCAUCCUAAGCCACAGAGCAGAGCAGCUGUCCUGUCCAUGUACAACACAUCUGGAAAUUAGCCUCUGGCUAUAAGGUGACUUUAAGGUGUCCCAGACACAAGUAGAUAAGCCAGCAUACUUACUACCCAUCCCUGGUGAAGACCGGAUGGACAAAGAACACUAUCACACAUUUUAUAACCACGCACAAACAUUAUCAGACACUGUUUGUACAGCAGCAAGGAGGCUCUAUGUCUGUUGAAGUUAGUACGUGUUGUUGGCCUGCACCGGGCCCCAGUGGGAUGGCCACAUAGGCAGCCCCAUUGUUCUGUGCUCUUGGAUGAAGGGCACACAUGUGCCCUGGGGAGGUCAUAACUGCCUGAGCCUUUAAAACUGGCAGGGCAGGGCAGGGCAGGCUGGCAUUGCCUGAGCAGCGACCUGGAGAGGUAGCCGCUCUGCAAUUGCACGCUGCUUUUUUUACUUUAAAAGUAAAAGGAGAAAUUAGUAUCAGAAUAUUCCAGGUUUUUGGCAGAAUUUCUACAGGCAUCUCUGUACCAAGCUUGGUCAGUGGAGCAAGCUCCCUCGUUCAUCAGCCAGAGCAGAUCUAUUCUAGACCAGUCACUUCAGUGACUGUACCCAGGCCAGGCUUCCAGGUGAGUGAAUGAGGAACCCAGGGUCUCUCCUGUCGUACAGGUGCGGGGGGGGGGGGGGGGGAGAAGACUGAUGGCUCCCAGUUGGGGGGGGGCACAGCGUUACAAAAGGGUGACAAGGUCACUGCUUCUUUGUCCUGACCACCCACAAUCUCACAGGAUGAGGUGCGCAGGGCUGGUGGGGGUGUUGUUCACCCUGCUCAGCCUGUUGCAGCUGGCUGUGACUCUAAACAUCGCAGCCUUCAACAUCCGGUCUUUUGGAAACACUAAAAUGUCCAAUGCUACCAUCUCUGGCUACAUUGUGGAAAUCGUGCGUCGCUAUGACAUCGUCCUUAUCCAAGAGGUCAGAGACACCCACCUGGUGGCUGUCGGGAAGCUUCUGGAUGUGCUCAAUCGGGACGUGCCUGACACCUAUCGCUAUGUGGUCAGUGAGCCGCUGGGCCGCAACAGCUACAAGGAACAGUACCUUUUUUUGUACAGGCCUGACCAGGUGUCUGUUGUAGACAGCUAUUACUAUGAUGAUGGCUGUGAGCCUUGUGGAACUGACACUUUCAGCCGAGAGCCAACCAUUGUCAAGUUCCAUUCCCCGUUCACCAUGGUCAGAGAGUUUGCGAUUGUGCCCUUGCACGCAGCCCCAGCAGAUGCUGUGACUGAGAUUGAUGCCCUGUAUGAUGUUUACCUGGAUAUCAAAAAAAAAUGGGACCUAGAGGACGUCAUGUUCAUGGGUGAUUUCAAUGCUGGCUGCAGCUACGUAAGCUCCUCCCAAUGGUCUUCCAUCCGCCUUCGGACAAGCUCUCUCUUCCAGUGGCUGAUCCCUGACAGUGCGGACACCACGGUCACAUCGACAGAGUGUGCCUACGACAGGAUCGUGGUUGCUGGAUCUCAGCUCCAGAGCGCUGUUGUUCCCAACUCAGUUGCUCCCUUUGACUUCCAAGCAGCCUACAAACUUACCCAGAAGCUGGUAGGUGUCCCUCCUUCAUGUGGUUUGCAUUAGCCUGAGGCCAAACAAGAGCUGGCUUUGGUGAUUCCCGACAUUGCUACUGUUUCCCACACGAGAUGUGGGCGGAGGGGGGGUUAGGUCAUGCUCUGGCCUCAUGCCCUCCCUGCCUCCCCACCUCUGCAGGCUGAAGCCAUCAGUGACCAUUACCCGGUGGAGGUGACACUCAAGUAAACCUGAUGCCAUCAGGCAGUGCAGUAGGUGCUUCUGGUGGGGGAGACUGCACCUGU